AUGGCUGAUGAGUCAAGUAUCGAGAAGGGGAGUGUGGACGAAGAGAGUGAGGAGAACACAUCGGAAGCAACUGAAGAAUCAACAAUCGAAGAUCUACCCAAAUCCGCAAUUCUCAGUGACAAAUCCAGAGUAUCGCUAGCCACCAGCCAUGUCAGUUUUGAUGCGGCCAUCCUCCCUGACAAGAUCGAUGACAGCCAACGGAAAUCCGCCGAUUCCAAACGAUCCGUCAGUUUGUUUAUUAUUUAUUAUUAUUAUAUUUACUAUAUUUAUUAUUAUAUUUACUAUAUUUAUUAUUAUAUUUACUAUAUUUAUUAUUAUAUUUACUAUAUUUAUUAUUAUAUUUACUAUAUUUAUUAUUAUAUUUANCAAUUACCCCGUGGAUUGAGCUGGCCUACAACGUCACUAUUCCUUGUGGCUGAUCUCGUUGGCGGAGGCAUUGUGGCCAUGCCUGUGGCGUUUAUUAAUACUGGUGUGAUAAAUAUUUAUUAUUUAUUAUAUUUAUUAUUAUUAUAUUUAUUAUUAUAUUUAUUAUUUAUUAUUAUUAUAUUUAUUAUUAUAAUAAUUAUUAUUAUAUUUAUUCAAAUACUAAUGUUCCAAAGCGUGUCUGCACAUCAAGAAUUUUGCGACAUCGGCUAUGUUCCAAAUCAAAAUUUCUCAUUAUUAUUUAUUAUUAUUGUUAUGUAG